AGGGAAAAACAUGAAUCCUUACAGAUCUUAAAAUGCAACAUGACACCUUCUUCUUUUACCGUCUCCUCACAUCGGCUUUUGAGCCGUGGGCACGAGAGGAUUGUGUAGGUGGAGCACAGGAAGAGACCGAGCGGGGAGCGACGCGCAGACAGCCAGGCACGGGUUGGUUAAUCUUCUUCCAGUUCCUGGACGCGGAGAACACCGGGUGAAGUUACCUUCCAGCUGCAGAAAGUUCAUCUCACACAGCUGAUCCAGUCCGAUGGUGUGGGAGGAAGACUUCCCGAUGAUUGAAGUAUCGAUACCAUCGAUGGAGAGGGAAGUGGAUGAGUCGGGGAAGUCCAGAAAGCUUUUCAGAGUUGAAGUGUUUUUCCACGGGAGGAAACAUUAUGUGCUCCGAAGAAACAGCGAAUUCCAGACUCUCCACAGAAAACUCAGGAAGAUCAUCCAGACUCCUGAUUUCCCGAGCAAAAGGAAUCCCCAUCUGAGGACCAAACCUCUGGAGCAGAGGAGGCAGGAGCUGGAAGACUACGUCCAGGACAUCAUCUAUCAGGACGACGACGUGCCGCAGGUGUUGCUGGACUUCCUCCAUGUGAAACACUUCCAUACGGGGAUGAAGAUCAGCAGCAUGGAAUCUCUUGAUGACUUGGACAGUCAGGAUUACAGUUAUCCUUUACCAAAUCAGCGCGUGUUGGGAUUUUUCCUGGAUCCCUAUCUCUCUGAAUGCACAUCAGAUCUCCCAGAUGUUGUUGUGGACGGAGUUCUGCAGGGUUUCUAUCCCCGGGAUGUUCGAGUCAGCUUCACCGCCCCCCUCCUCACCGACCCCGACCCCACCACUUCUAUAGACGCCUGAAAUUAUAGUUUGAUGUAAGAUCGAAUGGUUUAGAAUAGAAUACUGUCAAACACACAAUGCUAGGAAGAAAGAAAAAAGAAAAAAGCCAUCGGCAUGAUGCAGAAGAAGAAAGGCCCAAAAUAGGUCACUUGAUGCUUUUGUCAAAAGUCAGCGUCUCCAGUGGGACUCAAACGCACGCUUUGUAUUUCAGAGGCUCCAACUGUUGUGUUCAACCUUUUCAUAGACAUUUGAGAGUCUCGUAUUGAAGCCAAAGAUUAAAGUUCAUCUUGAAACUUAGAUCUGUUUGCAGAUGUAGUCACUCAGUACAUGUGUCUGUGGUUUAAUGAAGAUGUGGCCACAGGCAAAUGUGUCUUUUAUUCAUUACAGCGAUACUGUAGCUUAGUUUAUCUUUAAAUAAAGGAGCCGUGUGGAAGUGUAAAGAGUUACUUGAUAUCCAGGAUGGGGUUACGUUUUUCUUUUUUUAAGAAAUGUUUUUGUCACUAUUGUUAUUACUUAAAUAUUCACGACUAAAUAAGAAACAUUCAAAGUUUAAGUUUAAAAAGAAACAUCCUUAUUUAUUAAUUAUUUACAAAAUUGCUAAAUGGCGCAGAAAGCAAUGUAAAAUAACCAAACCUGUUUGACCUGCAAACUGCAUGAAAGAAGCUGAGGGAGCUUUUAAACUCUAAAGUUUUAUUCUAAAAAUUGUUGCAAUGUGUUUUAUAUUGCUUAAAAAUGUUUGAAAACAUACUUGUGAAGUCCUUUAAUGUCUAAGCGAUAGAUAAUCAUCCUUCAUGACAUAAAUAUUAUGCAAAAAAAGACAGAAUUUGUAGCGUAAGUCAAGUUAUUCUGCUUAGAAAACACCAAAGUAUGUAUUUAGUGAUGAGGGAAAAGCUCUUGAGAAUAUU